CUUCCUCAUCUAGUGGAUGAAACGCAUGAAAUAGAAAAAGAAAGCCAAGAGAAACGGUGAUUCGAAUUAGCCUUCAGUCAACCCGUGAUUCCUUGCGGCAAGAUCUCACACAUCACGCCAAGGCUUCUCCUCCGCCUGACGCAGCUUGUGAAUUCUGAAUAAAAGUGAGGUGAGAACUGAGAACGUUGGGACGACAAGAACCUGUGCCGAAAGUGCGAUCGUGACGAGUUUUCUUAUGAUAUUUUACGUUUAACCAUCGAAUCAAGCCAAUUAAACAUCAUGUCAACUGGUCCAACGCACAAGUAUCGUUACAAAAACGUGGGACUCGACUCGCAAGAGUUAAGACGACGGAGAGAAGAGGAAGGAGUGCAGCUCCGAAAACAGAAACGUGAACAGCAGCUAUCCAAACGACGAAAUGUCCCAAGCAUUGUGACUGAUGAGGACUCUGUAUCAGUAACAGACGAAUAUGCUAUACCUGCCCCUAUGCCGCCACCAGUGAUAACACCUGAAAUGAUACGGGCAUUGUAUAGUGCUGAUAUCGAAGACCAGUUAACAGCUACACAGAAAUUCAGAAAAUUGUUAUCCAAGGAACCAAACCCACCUAUAGACGAAGUCAUAGAAACUGGGAUUGUUCCAAGAUUUGUCGAGUUCCUGGAAAAUGAUACAAACGCAACCUUACAGUUCGAAGCCGCGUGGGCAUUGACGAACAUAGCUAGCGGUACAUCUCAACAGACACGAAUGGUCAUCGACACGGGUGCAGUACCCACAUUCAUAAAACUUUUGGGAUCAGAAUACGAGGAUGUACAAGAACAAGCCAUUUGGGCCUUGGGUAACAUUGCGGGCGAUAGUCCUGAGUGCCGAGAUCAAGUUUUGAACAGUGGCAUCCUUGUUCCUCUUCUUCAAUUGUUAUCAAAGGUUACACGUUUAUCGAUGACCCGCAACGCAGUGUGGGCACUGUCGAAUUUAUGCCGGGGCAAGAAUCCUGCCCCAGCAUUCACAAAAGUCGCACCGUGUCUACCAGUACUCGCUCGACUGCUAUUUCACAGCGACCAGGACGUUCUGGCCGAUGCAUGUUGGGCACUAUCAUACCUUAGCGAUGGACCAAACAACAAAAUACAGGCUGUAAUUGAUGCCGGGGUAUGCAGACGUCUAGUAGAGCUUCUAAUGCACACCCAAAAUAAUGUAGUAAGUGCUGCAUUACGUGCAGUUGGUAAUAUUGUAACUGGUGAUGAUGUACAGACACAAGUGGUCCUCAAUUGUUCAGCGCUACCCUGUCUUUUGCAUUUGUUGAGCUCACCUCGUGAAACUGUACGUAAAGAAGCUUGCUGGACUGUAUCAAACAUCACUGCGGGUAAUCGCCAACAGAUACAGGCAGUUAUCGAAGCUAAUAUAUUCCCAGUUCUCAUUGAUAUUUUGGGAAAAGCGGAAUUCAAAACACGCAAAGAGGCAGCAUGGGCAAUAACCAAUGCAACUAGUGGAGGUACUGCAGACCAGAUUCGAUAUUUGGCUUCGCAAUCUUGCAUUCCUCCUCUGUGCGAUCUUUUAACCGUUAUGGAUGCCAAGAUUGUACAAGUCGCUCUAAAUGGCUUAGAAAACAUACUGCGAUUGGGUGAGCAAGAGACUAGCACGCACAAUGGACUAAAUCCAUACGCUGUUAUGAUGGAAGAAUGCUACGGCCUGGAUAAAAUAGAAUUCCUUCAGUCACAUCAAAAUAUGGAAAUAUAUAAAAAAGCCUUUGAUAUAAUAGAGCGUUACUUUGGCUCUGAAGAAGAUGACGUUCGAAUUGCGCCCCAAGUUGAUUCCCAAGGUCAACAAUUUCAGUUCACAGCACCAGAUUCCUCGCAACUACCUGUUCAAGGUUUUCAGUUCUAACUUACACGUCAGCCUUGCCAUCCAAGCUGACCUCAGAUCGACCUUUGUUUAAUUCGAUUUAUUCGUCGCUUUUAUUUUAGCGUGUGUUCGCUAAGAUUAAAAAUAACCCAAUGCAAGUGCUUCUUCACUUGAUUUAUCAGGAAAACAGUAAACGCAUGUAUACCUAUCAAAAGAUUUGACACAAUUUUUCUAAUUUUAGAGCGAAAUAUAUACAUGUAUUGUAUAAUUUACAAUGUGUAUGUAUACGUAUACAUACUUACAUAUGUAUAUGCAUACCUUUAUGAUCGAGGCUUUUGUUGAAAAUUUCAAAAUUCGGUUUAAAUUUGAUAACUUGUUUGCAGAACCUAUAUCUUUUAAAGUUCAUACCUAUACCUGUCCGUAAAACAUGAUAUGCGGUACACAUAUUCAGUUUAUCAAAAUGAAGAUGAAAUAAACAUCCUAAUGUUAAGUAGUAUUAUAAACUAACUACUAAAAUGACGUUCGACUGACUGAGAAUUACGGAGACUUGCAAACUGCAAGAUACUAAAACGACUGAAGUACGCGACUACGUAGCAAAUACAGACAACCUUACGCAACGCGGUACUCAACUCUUUAUUACACUAGAUAGGAUCAUGACCAAUUAAAGUUUUUUACUGUAAAUACGUAUCUUGUAACUAUAAGGCCGUUCUAUACAGAUUGCCCCUAAAACGGUUUAAGAGAGAAAAUUAAAAAAAAAAACAGUAGAAGACAUCGACGAUGAUUCCUGUCGCGUAUAUUUCGAACAUCCCAAUCUUGUUUCUUUCUCAGUGAAACCUUGAGCUGCCAGUUCGUUUUCAAAAAUCGCAUAUAUUAUUUGCUCCACAGACAUCCAUCACGAAUUGAUAAAAAUAAAAAAAAACUGCUCGAUUCUAGGCCUGCUCUAUAUAAAACCUGAGCUUUUUUCUAUUAUUGUAUAUUCGACGUAGAUCGUGAAUUAGGCAUGAAAUAUAGUAAAAGUUUUUUAACUGUGCUUGUGCAAUAUGAUUACUAACAUUUUCUUAGUCUUAAUUCAAUAAAUGGAACAAGCAAAGAUAAUGCUAAGUGAUUAAACUUGGUAGAAGUCUUUCAACGUUAGUUUGCUUUCUCGGAAGAAUUUUGAAAGAGUUCUGCCUGCGUUUUAAUUGGAGAAGAAAUUAGGUGGAAAGAUAGGUUGCUUGUUAAUAUGUGGAAAAAGUAUCCAAAUAUUCGUAGCGACCGGAAUAAAAUUCCACGCGUAAUAAUGAUAGAUGAGGGAUCACUGUUGUAUCGAAAAAAAAGAGUUUUAUAACAGUUUAAAAAACAUUUCGGACAUUCUGUAUAAAUGGUCUGUGACUGUAUAAAAUGUAUUUAUUAUUUAGGUUCGACGAUACCAUACUAUAUUAUACAAACUAUAUAUGUAUACUACCUACUUUUAGUUACCGACUUCGAUCAUUACGACAAAUUAAAACUGUUGUCAAAUUGCUCAUUGCAAUUGAGUAUCCCUGGCCAAUUCGUGACACAUCUAUCGGGUGCCUUUUAUUUUUUUUCUAAUAAUUCAAAUAGUUAUCAUAACGUUCUCUGAUUUUUGCCGUAUAAUACCAUUCCUGCUCGAGUCAGAGCUGGAACUAAUAUAUCUUUAUCCAGUAAACUCAUGUCAAUGCUAUGCCUGAAAUUUGUCCUCUAAUUUUAUUGUUUUACUUUUGAUUAUUCUCAAACGUAAGUUUAAAAGCGAGUGAUUUAUUAUGAAUUGGCAACAGGGAAAAAUCUAAAUGUGAUUUGUGACGUUAUGUAUAACAGUACGAGGACUGCUGACCGCUACGCCACAAUGCCAACACAAUGAUUCAAUAUCAUACACAUGGAACGUUAUUUUGACCUUAUUUACUUUACUAUUCCUUAUACCGAAAUCUAGACGUGAAAAAGACCGAACUACGAAGUAGAAAUCGGCCUUGUAUUGUUCGUUCUGAGUUAUUAAGAUGAAAAAUUAAGUUAAUUACAUAAAUAGUUCCCUGUUAGACUUGACAGCAUUAUACCCUGAUGAACAAACACAAAUCAAAAUUAAGGGUGGUUUUCUCCUGGUGUACUUGAAUCCAGAGAUUAAUUGGUUUGUAGCAUUGUGUUUUCUGUGUAUGAUCAUUUGGCAUAAAUAAAAAAAAGUUAAAAUAA